GUCAACCGGGGUCCCUAGACUAUCGGCUUCGCGAGGGCUUAAGCGGUUCCGGGGUUAAAUGGUACCUCCGGUACCUCGGGCAAGGCAAGCCCUCAGUUGAAGCCAGAGCCAUGGCAGAGGUCAGAAUGGAGAUUGGGAAUGAGGGACGUGAGAGACAGAAAAGGCGACAAACCCGCACCCGCCGAUAGGUGGAAGAGUGGGCCCAACAAACAGGCUCACUUACCCGCACCUGCUGAAAAGCAGAAGAGCGGGCCACAGCGACAACAGCAGCACAGACCCGCGCCCGCUGAAAAGCAGAGAAGCGAGGAACCAACAGGCUCCAACAAAAGAGGUAGCAACCAGGUCACUCCGCCAGAGACACCGGGCACCAAACGGCAGCGGGAGCAGCCACCCCCUCCGAACUCAUGGUCUAGGAGCCUGGCCGGGCCGAUCGAGCAAGGACAGGCGCAGGGGGGUGCCACUCAGCAACCCAGCUAUUCGGAAGCCCUCAACGGCAUUCGGGUAGCGGUGCUGCCUUGUGAGUACCCUGCUGCUGCCCUGAACUCGGAAGACCUAACCAGACUCCAGGAUGCCAUCAUGGAAGAGGUUUUCAAAGGAUGGUCGCACCCGCUGGUGUUCUGUGGUGUGUACUUCAGAUCCGGCAUGCUCCUGGUUGACUGCAGGGACGAGAGAACAGCAACCUGGCUGGUGAAAAAAGCACCGGCACUUGAGGGCUGGAAGGGACCCGAGAUGUGCACGAAGAGGGGGGAUGACAUCCCUCCAGUGCAUAACAUCACGGUGUUCCUGCCAAGAAGCGCCGACAAAUCGGCGGAGUUUGCGUUGGGGCUACUAAAAGCGCAGAAUGAGGGCAUCCACAUCUCUGCGUGGAAGGUAGUGUCCAGCUCUGUAGAGGAGAACGGGGUCAGACUAUUUCUGGGCAUAGAUGAGGAAUCGUACGUCAGCAUCAAGAGGGCUGGCUUCAACCUAAACUAUAGGUUCAGUUUCGUCACGGUGAGGCCGUGGAGCCAAAAGGCAACAGAUAGCAAGGAGUCGGAGUCGCAGGAGACGCAAAUCGAGGCGGCUGCCGACUCCUCCGCUGCCCAGGCGACCUAGUCCACCUCGACCUUACCGGCGGAACAGCCACCCCUCACAAGCACGUCCGAGCCAGCCACCACCACCAAGCCAGCGGAAGACGUGCCAUCCACGCAGGAGUUGCUAUCAGGCAUCGACUUCAGGCGACUUCAGCUCGAUAGGAGAAGCGAGAGCGAACUACAGCUCUCCGAUCUCGACGAGCCGCAACUAUGACCACGCGUCACUUAGCAGUAGCCCAGGUCAACCUGCAUCAUGCGGUGGCUGCUUCGGCGGUCAUCUCCAGCAGUUUCGCCACGGAUGACCUGGGCAUUCUACUGAUCCAAGAGCCGUGGACCUACAGAGGCCAGGUUAGGGGCCUCAACCACAACAACAACAAGGUAAUUUGGGACCUCUCCUGCGAGAGGCCCAGAGCAUGUGUGGUGCUUAAGAAGAACAUUGAUUACUUUUGCAUUACAGAGUUUCUAACACAGGACUUGGUCGCAGUGCAACGACGCUCUCGUUAAGUGGCAGAAGCCUAGAGGUGGUGUUUGCCGCGGCCUAUUUUCCGGGGGACAGCAACUACGCCCCUCUGCAAGAGGUAUAGCAGCUAGUGGAAUUCUGCAGAAAGAGACGGCUCCACCUCAUCAUAGGGUGCGAUGCGAAUGCCCACAACGUUGAGUGGGGCAGCACGGAUACGAGCCGCAGAGGUGAGUGUCUCCUAGAGUACAUCUUAAGUGAGGAACUAAGCAUCCACAAUGUUGGCCAAACACCGACAUUUGUAACGAGGGCUAGAGAGGAGGUACUAGACAUCAUGCUUAGCAACAGACUGGCUAGCCCUCUGGUCACCCAGUGGGGGGUCUCAUCGGAGCCCUCACUGUCAGACCAUAGGAUUAUCCAGUUUGCACUGGGAGUAGAAGUCAGAACUAGGCAGGCAAACAGGAACCCCAGGAAAACUGACUGGGCAAAGUACAGCGAGACUUUAGAGUCAAACCUGACUGGAAUUAAGUCUAGGAGUAGGUACACUAACUGCAUGAGCCUAGAGAGCACCGUCAAUGAGUUAAAUGGCGCUAUUGUAGAUGCCUUUAACUCAAGCUGCCCGGAGACAAAACCAGGAGGGAAGGCAUCAGUCCAGUGUUGCUGAAGCAAGGCAAGGAGCUCCUACUUCCACACCUCGUGAACAUCAUGAGGGCUAGCCUAGCGCUCGCUCACAUCCCUGAGGUUUGGCAAAGGGCUCGGGUUAUUUUUAUCCCGAAGAUAGGAAAGAGAGAUUAUUCUCUAGCUAAGUCCUCAGGCCGAUAAGCCUUACCUCCUUUGUGCUUAAGGCGAUGGAGAAGGUUAUCGACCAUGAAAUCAGGAACAACACCCUUAAACAGGUGCCUUUACACCCCGACCAACAUGCCUACAGAGUGGGCAGGUCUACGGACACCGCACUGUACACCUUGUCUACGGUAGUACAAGAUUCCUUUGAGUGUGGUGAAACAGUACUCUGUGCCUUCAUCGACAGUGAGGGGGCGUUUGACCACACCUCUCAUAUUAGUGUCGACCGGGCACUUGAAAAACGCAAUGUGCAGGCAACGAUCCGCAGGUGGAUAGCCAGGCUACUAAAUUCACGAAUCGCUGAAACCGACAUCGGGGACAGCGUGGUAAAGCUAAAAACUACAAAAGGUUGCCCUCAGGGAGGAGUCUUAUCCCCUCUCCUGUGGAGCUUAGUUGUGGACGAACUUCUACGGAUUUUCACGGACAAUGGCAUCCGCUGUCAAGGCUAUGCGGAUGACAUCGUGAUUAUCGCCAGAGGAAAGUUCGUGAGCACUCUCUGUGAUAUAGUGCAAAGGGGACUAAACCUGGAGGCUGGUGCGUGGACAUGGGCCUCAGCAUCAACCCCUCUAAAACGGUUAUUGUCCCUUUCACUAGAAGAAGAACGCUUCCAGGCAUGAGGAACAUUUCUUUGAAUGGGGUCGCCAUCAACGUCGCCACCGAAGUUAAAUACCUGGGACUAACCCUGGAUUCUAAACUUCUGUGGAUGGCACAUGUUGACGCGGUCACUUCCAAAGCUACGAGGGCACUAAUGGUAUGCAAACGCCUGGCAGGGAAGACCUGGGGCUGUAGUCCCAGGAUUUUGAGAUGGAUAUAUACCAUGAUAGUUAGACCAAUAGUCACCUAUGGAGCAGUGGCUUGGGCCUCGAGAACCACCCUCACCACGGUGAGGCAAUCCCUCACCAAGCUUCAACGUCUGGCAUGUGUAUGCAUUACGGGGGCAAUGCGCGCAUGUCCGACGGCAGCGCUGGAGGUGAUUCUCGAGCUCGAGCCGCUGCACCUUACCAUAGAACAGGCUGCAAAGCGAACUCUACUAAAUUUCGCGAGGGAAGGCUUUGGCAGGGGCAAAACCAUAUCAUUAAGGAACAGAGACAAGCUAGGCUCCCAAGUUCCGCUAGCUUUACUCCCCUGAGACGACAGACCUAAGGUGGUUAACUUUGACAGGAAUUUCAAAAUAGAGCUUUGCACCAAGGCGACCUGGAUCACCUCUCUCAUGGAGAGGCUGAUCCAAUCGAGCUCGUUGCAAUGGUACACAGACGGCUCGAAGACUCCGGAAGGCAUUGGGGCUGGCGUCUACGGGCCGAGGCUACAGCUCUCGGUACCUAUGGGGGCAUACCCGAGUGUCUUCCAGGUGGAGGUCUAUGCCAUCAGUCUGUGUGCAGAAAUUAACCUACGUAGGAAUUACCGUAACGAGAGAAUUUUAAUAUUGAGCGACAGCCAGGCGGCACUCAAGGCCCUCUCAGCAUUUGAGGUCAAGUCGUCCUUGGUUCUUGAGUGCAUAGAUAGUAUCAACAGCCUGGCGGAGCACAACGAAAUUCAAUUAACUUGGGUACCAGGACACAUAGGAGUUGCGGGCAACGAGGAAGCGGACCGACUAGCUAGAAUGGCGGCCGCCUCGUCGCCUAUAGGGCCUGAGCCCUUCCUACCGAUUGGACCUAGUACAAUCAAGGAGGAGCUCAGAAAAGAAAGGAACAGACAAAGGAAUCAACACUGGCGUAACACUACAGGUUUACGUCAAGCAAAACACCUACUGGGAGGCUACGACCUUACGAGGUACAGGGCAAUUGUCAAUCUAUCCAAAGGAAAACUAAGGAUUAUAACAGGUUUUCUGACGGGUCACUGCAGACUGAGAGGCCACCUACACAAGCUAGGGAUUUGGUCAAACGACCUAUGUCGUUUCUGCGACGUGACUGAGGAGACUCCCGUGCGAAUGCGUGGCGGCCGCGAGAAGACGGGAGAGGUACCUGGGCCACUACUGGCCAAGUAACGAAGCAAUACAAUCGCUAAUCCCUGGGGAUCUCCUCAAAUUUUUGGGCUCUCUAGGAUUAGAUGAGGUACUGUAAAUGGUUGAGGGCACAAUAGACCUGCUGGUCGCAGU